GUACUUCCUUAUAUCUGAAACUAAAACUAAAAAAACCAAACUAAAUUAACCAAAACUAUCCCAAACUUUGUCGCUGAAUGUAUAGGAGUGAAAACAAUGAGAGAGAGAGAGAGAGAGAGAGAGAGAGAGUUGGUCUUAACUUCCAAGUCUGGGCUUAGUUAGAUAGCCCUUCUUUUUUUUUUUUUAACUUUUGUUCCUUUGUUUUUUGUUGAGUCAGAAUUCAGGAAUGAGUGUGUGUUUUCUUUGAGGAAGACCAGACCAAAGGCCUUGCCUUUUGCAGAUGAUACUACUGCUCUGAAAUAUAUUGCAAGCAAAUUUUGAAAUGCUAAAGAAGUCUCUUUUCUUGGGCUCCAAAGUGUAAUGCACAUCCUCUCUGAAAUCUGUUGGAGACAGGUGUCAGCUAAUUUCUUAUUUUACCAUUGAGGAAACAUGAAGUUUAGAUCAAAGAAAGGAUGGAAAUCCAUUAUGCCUAUUCGUUUGAAAAGCAAAUCAGCCACCCGUUUUUGUGUGUUUCCUAAGAUGAAGUCAACUAGCUAUGGUCCAGGCAACACACCAGUCUAUCUCAAUGUAUACGACUUGACUCCCAUGAAUGGCUAUGUCUAUUGGGCAGGCUUUGGUAUCUUUCACUCUGGUGUGGAAGUUCAUGGUUUAGAAUAUGCAUUUGGAGCUCAUGACUACCCAUCAAGUGGUGUUUUUGAGGUUGAACCUCGGCAAUGCCCAGGCUUCAAGUUCAGGAAGUCGAUUUUUAUUGGGACUACAAGCUUGGACCCUAUUCAGGUGAGAGAGUUCAUGGAGCGCCAAUCAGCAAGCUAUAAUGGUGAUACAUAUCACUUAAUUGCCAAGAACUGCAAUCAUUUCUGCAAGGAUGUAUGUUACAAGCUGACUGGAAAAUCAAUUCCAAAAUGGGUAAAUCGACUGGCAAAAAUAGGUUCAGUAUGCAACUGCAUACUUCCUAAAGCCCUCAAGAUCUCUGCUGUGAGGCAUGACCCUAGUUACCAACUGUAUGAUAGUGAGAAGAAGAGGCUACGAAGUGCCUUCAGUUGCCUGUCUUCUAUCUCAAUGAGGCAAAAGCAAUUGUCUACGUCUUCAUUGUUUCUACAAUCACCCUUGAAAGGCUGCUUACCACCAUGGGAAUUGAGAAGGUCUAACAAUGGUUCCUUGAAAGAAAGAUGAGAAAUCGCUCAGAGGGUAUGCUAUCUAAGGAUCUUUUUAGUGUAGUGACCAACUUCAUUAGCUUGUUAAGGGAAAAAAUUGUUUUGUGUGCCAGCACUUGAAGGCUUGCCAUCCCUUAAUUUCUUUUGACUUAAGUUUGUGGAGUGAUGGUUGUCGUCAAUGUAACACUACUCUGCUGUCAAAGAAGAUACUAAUCGAUUCCUCCACAGAAUAUCAAAGCAUUGCCUUUCUGUAGCUGUAAAUUGCAAUUCUCAACCUUGUUUAGCAAGUAUUUGUCGUCCUUAGCCUGCCAAAUUUUACUAUAGGGUGUGUGAAUUCUACUUAA